CAAAGCACGGCAGCUGGUGUUGGGAUGGACCGGAGAGGGGUUCAAAACUGUCAUUUUUAGUGUAAUUUUAUUUUUAUUUUAUUCUCUCUUUCCGCCUCUGAUCCUGCGACGAGCAUUUCUGUCUCCUCACCUUGCUGGGGGAAGCUGGGAGCCUAAACCCGUUUGUCAUUAGGAGCGUCCUGCCUGCCGGCUUCUGUAGGAUAAACCAUAUGUUGUCACAACACUAUUUUUAAUUUAGGGUGUUGGUUACAUCACAUCACUGAAUUGGGCAAUCUCUGUAUGAGGACGAAGGAUGCUGUGACGUCAAAACCAGUCAUCCAGUUUCAAGGAAGCCAAGGGCACAUCGCCAUCCCCAGGCCCGACCGACCGGCAGAAGUGAGGACCUUCACCUUUUAUCUCUCCAAUAUUGGCAAGGACAGCCCCCAGGGGAGCUUUGACUGCAUCCAGCAGUAUGUAUCCAGCAAUGGCAAUAUCCAUUUGGAUUGCCUGGGAAGCAUACAGGAUAAAAUCACCGUGUGUGCUACUGAUGAUUCCUACCAGAAGGCGAGGCAGAGCAUGGCACAGGCAGAGGAGGAGACUCGCAGCCGGAGCGCCAUAGUCAUUAAACCUGGGGGGAGAUAUGUAGGCAAAAAGGUUCAGGUGCGUAAACCUGCACCAGGAGCUUCCGAUGCUGUUCCCUCCAGGAAGCGCCCAACGCCAGUCAACCUUGCCAGUGCAAUAAAGAGAGGCAAUAGUGCCAUUUCCCAGAGACCCUUCAAAGAUAGGGUUGUGCACUUACUGGCACUAAAGCCUUAUAAGAAACCUGAACUUAUUCUCAGAUUGCAGAAGGAUGGACUUUCUCAGCAGGACAAGGAUUUGCUGGAUAACCUUCUGCAACAGGUGGCAAAUCUGAGUGCCAAGGACAGCACUUUCACACUGAAAGAUUGUGUAUACAAAGAAGUGCAGAAGGACUGGCCUGGCUACUCAGAAGGAGAUCAGCAGUUGUUGAAGAGGAUCCUCGUUAGGAAGCUGUGCCAGCCCCAGAACAGCGGCGCUUUCCAGGGAGAAGCUCCUUCCCUGAGCCCUCCAAAGGACACCCUCAACUCCAGCUCUCCCCCUCAGAAACGAUCCCAACCUCUGGAGUUCAUCGACCCCCUGGCCAACAAAAAGCCCAGGAUCUCCCACCUGGCUCACAGAACCCAAGCCACCGUGAACGGGAAGCUGAACUCCUCCAACGGGAAGGACGCCCCGGCUGCCCCUGCCCUGCCCCCGGCCCUGCCCGAGCCCAGCUCCGGCUCCUCCCUCCCCGCCCUGGAGCUGCCCCGGCCCCACGAUCCCCUGGCCGAUGUCAGCAACGACCUGACUCACAACGGCAGAGACUGUGAGAGCAGCACGGAGCCUCCCGACAGACUGAGUCACCCCCUGCCCACAGACUGUGCCCAGAGCAGCAAACACAGCUGCGGCUCCUACGUCAAAUCCAAGAAAAAGUCCAAAAAGCACAAAGACAAGGAGAGGAAGGAGAAGAAGGGCGAGGAGAAGUGCAAAGAGGAGAAGCAGAACUGUGAAGUAAUAAAAAAUGCUGACUUAGUUAGUGUUCCCCAGGAGCAGGUCCCAGGUUUAAAUGGAACAUGCAAUAAUUCUAGUGUACCAACAUCAACUUCAGAAAUGCCAGAUUAUUUAUUAAAAUACGCAGCCAUCUCCUCCUCGGAGCAGCGCCAGAGCUACAAGAACGAUUUCAACGCCGAGUACAGCGAGUACAGGGACCUGCACGCCCGGAUAGAGAGGAUAACCCGACGGUUCACCCAGCUGGAUGCCAAGCUGAAGCAGCUUCUGCAGGGCUCUGAGGAGUACAAGACCAUCCACGAUCAAAUUUUACAGGAAUAUCGAAAAAUUAAAAAGACAAACCCCAAUUACAGCCAAGAGAAGAACCGCUGCGAAUACCUCCACAACAAACUGGCCCACAUCAAAAAACUGAUAGCAGAGUAUGACCAGCAGCAGUUUUAGCUGCCACUCACCCCUGGACUGGGUAGGGCAAACCAAAAUCCAGUCACCCUGGACGUUAAGUUCCCUUUUAUACACCCAAAAUCCCUUUCAGAGACGAGCAUUAAUUCCUCGUGGUUGAAGAACUUGGGGAUGACUUUAAGAUGCCAGAUCUGUCAUGUCCACGUCCAGCACGCUCCUCCCGAGUUUUUAAGCCUCUCUGAAUGUUGGAAUGUAACAAAUGGAUAACAAAAACAAACAAGCAAACAAAAAAACAGACAAACAAAAAAAAAUUCUGCUUAUUUGAAGCCAGCGUUUGACACUUAAGAGAAAACUUGCCUAAAGUGACCGAAGCUCCCAAAGGUUAAGAAUCUGUAGUUUUCAUGGAUUAAAAGUUUGGCAUGAAGUUGUAAUUCCCCUCCCUGGCCCAGCUCCACGUGGGUUACAAAUUGUCCUGCACAUGGUGAGGAACUGGAAUUGCUGCUAGGACUGUUUGGAAUGAGAGCUGUGCGCUCCCGGCUCCGCGGAAAUACAGCACGUUCCUGAGCUCUC